CAGUCACAAGGUGGUGGCCAACCAAACAAACGCACACACACACGCUUUCUUGGUGAAAUCGUGUUUGAAGGGCGGUUGGCGCAUAAUCUCGAUCGUGUCGAUAGUCAUCAUUGUAGACAACACAUUUCUCGCGGCAGCACGGAACCGUUCGGGGUGAAUGCCAACACCCACCGAGGCGCUAAACAAUCACCAACACCAGCGCAGCCCACAGUCGUAGAAAUAGAAUGGCCCGAAGUACGCCGUUGGCAGCGCUUUUUUGUCUUAUAUUCCUUAACUGUUUGAAGCCAUUGAUAAGCUGGCCGGCGAACGACAAAGACGCUUCCGACAUGUCGCAGCCCGACUUCGAUCAGUAUCUCGGCGAUUAUCUGAAGCCCGGCGAUACGGUGGCGCUUCUGCUGGACUACGAUGGUACACUGGCUGAGCUAACGUCCCAUCCGAAUCUCACGCAGAUGAGUGAUGAGAUGCGUGAGAGUCUGCGCAACAUAGCGAACAGUGGCAAAGCGUUUGUGUCGGUCAUUUCGGGACGUGAUGUGGACGGGGUGAAGGAAAAGAUCGGCAUCAACAACAUCAUCUACUCGGGCAAUCAUGGGCUGGAGGUGCUUUAUCCGAAUGGAACACGCCACAACCAGGGUAUACCGAAGGAUGUGGCGGAUAAUUUCGACAAGAUGAUCGAUCAUCUCAAUCGGGAGGUCGUUCAUCAUGGCUCGUGGGUUGAGAACAAACGCGUAUCGAUAACGUUCCAUUUCCGUGAGGCCGAACAGAAGUACGUCCCGGAGAUGGCGGCACGCGCCAAGGAGAUUAUUGAAUCGUACGGUUACCGAGCGAAUCCGGCCCAUGCUUCGGUUGAGGGCAAGCCACCGAUCCAAUGGAACAAGGGCCUAGCGGCGGAAUACAUCCUGGGCAGCAGCUUCGAUCCUAACUGGCGCACACGCAAGGUGCUGUUUGCCGGGGACGAUACCACCGACGAGGACGUGAUGAAGAUGAUCAAGGGCACGGGAAGGUCGUUCCGGGUAACGAAAGAUAAGGAAUUGGUGACGAAUGCGGACUAUAAAAUACCUUCGGUUGAUGCGGUUUAUCACCUGCUAAAGUGGAUCGAAUCAAGAGUCGUUUAGGUGCUGAUGGAUGAUGGUGGGAAUCCGUUUGAGACAGUGGAACCAAGUGAACGUUUUGGAUUCAAUAAAAGUUGAAGUGUCGUGUUUGUGUCGAA